AAAUUAGUUUUGCGCGCUUUUUUAACUGUGACUGCCAGCUGGGAUUUCUAACACACGACGCGGCUUUAUUAACUAAUAUUUAGUAACAACUAAUUGCUGAUUAAUCCAACAAACGCUUAAAUGGCUGCCGUACGCCGCUCCACGCGAUUGAGCAGCAUCAGCAAGGCCGCGGUUGCCUCGCCUCUGCCGCAGUCGACGCAGACGCCGCGUCGCUCGGAAGUUUGGAAACGCAGGCAGCCGAAAAAAGCAAUUGUCGAUAGCGACGACGAGGAGGAGGUGACCCAUGACCUGACCAACAGCCCCGUUUCAGAGAACAACGAGAACCGGAACCUGCUCAACAAGAUGGAGAAGGCCACAAGACGCAGGAUUUCACAGGUGCAGGCUCAGCUGCAAGUGGAGCACCCAAAGACGCCACGCAGCACCAAGAAAACAGCCCAAUCAGCUGCUGAUUUACGGGCGAAAAGAGAGCAGGAGAACCUUGAGGCCACCAUUAUAUUCCUGGAUAGUGAUGAGGAUUCGGAGGAGGACCCUCUGCAUGGAUCCCCACCCAAGCAAAGGAAGUUGCAGCCUCUGCCGCAGCACUUGAUUAGUCCUUCGCGACUGUUGGAUAGGCUGAGCAUCGACGAACGCCAGGAGGAGGCGGAUAACAAGACUCAAAAGAAGCAUGUUGAGCAAGUGAAAAAGGCAGAGGCCAAGGAGCACAAGGAAGUGCAUACAAAGCUGCUGGAAAGGCAGGAGGAUCCAUUAGCUUUGCACACAGAGAAACCCCCUGUUAAACAUCAGGAGAAGACUUCAACCAAGCAGCAGGAGAAAUCCCCUCCCAAGCAGCAAGACAAACUGCCCACCAAUCAACUGAGAAAAACCUCUACCAAAGAAGAAAUCCACCCGGAAACUUUACCCUCACCUUCCCGCAACAAAUACCAAAACGCCAGACGAGUGCUAAACAGCGCUGAAACCCAAAAUUUGCCAGGCAGAGAGGCUCAGCUUCAGGAGCUGCGAGAAUUCUUCAGCAGCCACUUGGAGACCCAGACCUCCGGCAGCCUUUAUGUAUCGGGACAACCAGGAACGGGAAAGACUGCCUGCCUAUCACUACUGCUCCGAGAUCCCGACUUCUCCAAGCGACUGCAGCGAGUCUACAUCAACUGCACCAGCAUUGCCAGCGUGGGAGCCGUUUACAAGAAGCUGUGUGCUGAGCUCCAGCUAAAAGUGAGCGGCCGCACUGAAAGAGAUCAUCUGGAGGCCAUACAACGUCAUCUGAGAACGGCCAAACAAAUGCUGUUGCUUGUGCUGGACGAGAUUGAUCAGCUGUGCACCAGCAGGCAGGAGGUUUUGUACACCAUCUUCGAGUGGCCCGCUUUGCCUGGCUCCAGGAUACUCCUAGUUGGCAUCGCCAACAGCUUGGAUCUCACGGAUCGUGCGCUGAUGCGACUGAAUGCCAGGUGCGAACUCAAGCCCAGGCUGAUGCACUUUCCUCCCUACACAAAGCAGCAGAUCGUGGAGAUCUUCAAGUCGCGUCUGGCGGAGGCGGAGGUGCUGGACGUCUUUCCGCCCGUAACACUGCAACUGCUGGCCGCCAAGGUGAGUGCGAUCAGCGGGGAUGUGCGAAGAGCACUGGACAUUGGACGACGGGUGGUGGAGAUUGCGGUGCAGCAGAAGCGCGACGGUGAAAAGGAGUUCAACAUGAAUGCACUGAACCUGGAGGGCAAGGAGGCAGUGGAGGCCAAAGAAAAGCAAGACACUCUUAAGCCCGUGCAGGUCACCCAAGUGGUUUCUGUGCUGAACAAAGUCUAUGGAGCCUCGCAAAAUCUAGAGGAGGACAUUGAGGCUUCCUUUCCCCUCCAGCAGAAGCUGAUGCUGUGCACCCUGGUGCUGAUGCUGCGCAACGAACGCAACAAGGACAUCAGCAUGGGCCGCCUGCACGAGGUCUACAGGCGGGUGUGCGCCAAACGCAACAUACUGGCCCUGGACCAAGCCGAGUUCACGGGCACCGUGGACCUGGUGGAGACCCGCGGCAUCCUGCGCAUCAUGCGCAAAAAGGAGCCCCGCCUGCACAAGGUGCUGCUGCAGUGGGACGAGGAGGAGGUGCACGCGGCACUGAGCGACAAGCAGCUGAUCGCCUCGAUACUCAGCGACACCUCCUGCCUGGGCAAGUGACGAUCUGGACGAUUACCUCUAGGAAAUUGGUGUGCCGCUGGUUAAUUGCGCACUUCUCUCAUUUUCAUUCACCUUGGGGACGAACGUAUAUGUAUAAGAAUACUUUUUGACGCUAAAUUUAAAACCCGUGGCUGGCGCAAGCACUCAAAUAUUUUGAAAUAUCAUUUGGGGGUCACUUUCGACAUUUUGCUCUGACUUUUAAUCGAAUCGAAUCUUUGGGAUUUUAUGUUUGUAAUAAAUUUAAGUAAAUGGUGCGCCCAUCAUCUAUUUCUAAUCCGAUCCGUUGACCAAUAAGCUCUAGACAAUUUCCUGUUAGCCAUAAGAAAAUAAGAAUAAAUUAUGUAGUUCUGCAAUCCACGAAA